AUGCAAAAUAAUUAAUAGGCUACAACAGAAGAAUAAUCUAAAAAUUAAGAAGAAAAAUAAGAAACAUAACGGUGUCCAUCAUGUGACACUUUCUAUGGAACUGCCAAAACUAAUUUUUAUUGCUCAAAAUGCUAUAAGUAUAUUCGUUGAAUAUAAGUAGAACUAUUUUAUAAACAUCUAAUCAAUAAUAACAAUAAUAACUAUAAUAAUAAAUACAAGAAGAGAAAGUAUAAUCAAAUUAAUAAGUAAAUAUUCAAGUAUUAAAAUAAUUUAAAAUAUUUAGCAAGAUCCUUCUAAAUGUUAUGUUUGCAAAAGAAAAUUAGGGAUAUCAGGUAUUUAAUGCAAAUGCAAAAUUGUUUUUUGUAAUAAACAUAGAUUGCCUGAAGAUCAUAAUUGUUCAUUUGAUCAUGCUGAAAAAGCUAAACAAUUACUUAUAAAAAAUAAUCCAUUAGUUGAUCAUAAAAAGCUUGAAGAAUUAUGAAAUCUAUAAACAAAUAUUAUUUUUAACGAAU